CCGACGCAGCGGCCAGGCCCAGGGACAUUCUGCGCGGCCUUGGGGGACAGCACUGCGCCUCCCACAGCCCCUGCGUCUUGGAGGACAGGCAUACUCUGGCCCUGCCCCGGGUCGGGCCCGACUUGCAUACUCUGGGAAAGCAUGAACCGUCUAGAGCCAGUGGCCGACUUUCUGCCCCGCGGCGGCCCGCCUCCGCCCCGGGGGCGGGCCGGGGGCGGGGACCGGGGCUGCUGACAGCCGUCCGCGGUUGUGUGCUCAGUUGGAGCCUGUCUCCGGCUCUCUGAGGUCACCGCGCUCCAGGUCUCCCACAGCCCAAGUUCUUGGCUUGGAGCUCUCCCGCCGCCCGAGGUCUCCCGCGGCUUGAGGUCUCCGCGCUCCAAGGUCCGGCGCCCCGAGGUCUCGGGCCGAAGGUCUCCGCGCCACCAUGCGGCUGAGAAGUCCUGGACUACUUCUACUGCUGCUCAGUGGCCUGCAAGCUGUCAUUGCAGGUAUUCAGGAAAGGGAAGUCAGAGCGAUGGUGGGCAGUGACGUGGACCUCGUCUGCGCUGACCCCAAAGGAAGCCAUUUUGAUCUGAAUGACCUUUUUGUUUACUGGCAAAUCAGUGAGUCGAACACUGUGGUGACUUAUUACCUCCCCGAAAACACCUCCACGGACCACGUGGACAGCCACUACAAGGACCGCGCCCGGCUCUCACGGGCUGGCAUGAAGCAGGGCAAUUUCUCCCUGCGUCUGUUCAACGUCACUCCCCACGAUGAGCAGAAGUUUCAUUGCCUGGUGUUCAGCAAAUCUUUGGAAUUAAAACAGGUUUUGGAAGCUGUGGUCACAUUGCACGUGGCAGCGAACUAUAGCAUGCCCGUGGUCAGCACCCCCUACAGCCCGUCGGAGGACGAGGAGCUCACCUUCACGUGCACUUCCACAAAUGGCUACCCGAGACCGAACGUGUACUGGAUCAACAAGACAGACAACAGCCUGCUGGAUGAGGCCCUGCAGAAUAGCACCGUGUCCUUGAACACGCGGGGCUUGUAUGACGUGGUUAGCGUCCUGAGGAUCCCACAGACCCCCAACGUGAACGUCGGGUGCUGCAUCGAGAACGUGCUUCUGCACCAAAACCUGACUGUCAGCAGCCAGACAGAAACUUUUAUCGGAACCACAGAGAGGAUCUCAGAGAACCCAGGCGGUGCCCGCGAGGAGAAGACUGUGGCUGUGUUCAGCGUCCUUGCCGUCUUCUUUGUGAUUGUGGCCGUGGCUGUUGGCUGGGUGUGCAGAAGCCGAUGUCACCAUGGAAGCUACAGAGGUGCCCAGUCUGCGGUGCCAGCGCUGGAGCUCACCGACCAGGUUUGACAGGAGCUCACGCCCAGGACGUGGGUGGGGCUUCUGUGGAUGCCACCGGGCCCGUGUGAGUGGCAGCUUGAGAAUGGACUUGGACAGGCUGGUGGCAGAGGUGCCCCGGGUGUGCUGUCACAGGACAGGAGCCCGGGCUGGAAGGGAGGCGUGGCCCCUUUGAAAAGGCCAGCAGCGGCACACAAGUAUCCCCACGUGAGUGGGCGCCCCACCUUUGCUGCCAAACUAAGACAAGAAGGGGGUUCCGAGCACCCAUGGAGCUGGUGUAGUAGCCCCAAGCUCUCCUCGGUAUCCCAGACCUGUGCCACGGGACACGUGGUUUCUGACACUGAAGGAAGGGUGUCCGGUUUGAAAAGAGGAGUGAGGUUGCCCACUCUGUUCCAGGACCUCUGUUCCAGGACCUCUGUUCCAUCUGGAGCCACCCGAGGAGGUUUGCAGGAGACAUGCAAGUGCAGGGAAUGGGCAACACUGUAAAACCCUGGAUGUUCACUGGGAAGAAAACCUGACCUCACAUGUUUUGGUCAAAAGCUAAUUUGCUCUCCUAGAAGCGCACAAGUGGGAUUUUGCCAGAAGAAAGUCUGCUGCUGGGGCCAGCAUGGGCUGGACGUGGGGGUCUCCAAGCUCUUGCUGUGAGGCAUGGAAGAGAGAUACCUUGGGGAGGAGUGAAAACACAGCUCAGCUGGGACUGCAAACACGCAUGUGCAGCAGACAUGGGUUUUGCCACGUGGUCGUCAGAGUCCUUCCAAGCAGAACUGAAUGAGCGCUCAACUGCCAAGCUGAGGGCACCAGUGCUUGUUACAACAGAUUGUGUUUCUACCAAAAAAGUCCCCAAGCGGGCUUUUAAAUGGGUGUGAUGAGGGUACCACCCAAACUUUAAUGUGAAGGCAUCAAGAGAUCUGUGUUGUUGAGAGAGCGUC